AUGUACAAACAACAUCAGGUUUCUGACAGCAAGAAGCUCGCAGAGACCAAGGACAAGGCCCAGACAACAAGAAAUCGAGUGAAAAAGGCGGACAAGAGUGUAAAGAGACGUCCAACUAUUCCAUAUUCUCAGCUUGACACUAUUCUUUUGAUUGGAGAAGGCGAUUUCUCGUUUGCCCUUUCGCUGGUCAGGGCUCAUGGAAUACCUUCAAGUCGCAUCACAGCGACCGCAUAUGACUCUGAACCGAUGGUCUACGAAAAAUACCCUUGGGCCACUCAGACCAUCUCCGAGCUGCGACAGGCCGGGGUCCGUUUGCUCUUCAAGGUCGACGCCACCAAACUUAAGAGCUGCAAGGAGCUCAGAGGGCAAACGUUCACUCGCGUUGCAUUCAAUUUUCCACAUGCUGGCAAAGGUAUCACAGACCAGGAUCGCAACGUUCGGACGAAUCAAGAGCUUGUCUCUAGUUUCUUUGCUUCUGUUGCCCCCCUUCUCGCGCUAGGUGCAACUAAUGAGAUAUCUCGAAAGAAGAAGGGCGCCCCCGACAGUGAAGACGAAGAGGAGAUAGAAUCAGAAGGAGAGCUACAAAAUAAGGCCGAGGCAAAGAAGGGAACUGUCCUGGUCACAUUGCGUGAUUCUGUACCAUACACACUUUGGGAGAUGCCGAAGCUAGCAAAGCGUCCGAUAGGAGAUGGACCACCUUACAAGCAAAUCCGCUCGUUUGCGUUUCAGCCUGAAGACUAUCCUGGGUACGCACAUCGUCGGACCAUGGGUCAUCGGGGGGAACGCGAAAUCCCCGUGCUAAAAGAAGGGAUGAUGGACGCAAGGACAUGGGAAUUCGAACUCAUAUGA